AGCGCGAAUCAUCGCGUUCCCCGAUACUCGAAAUGGAAUAACCAAGAUGGCACUGCCAAUCGAAUCCUCUCUCGUCAGUCUCGACUCUCGUCCACUCAGUUUGGCACAUAAACAAUCUCGUACUUGGUCAUUUCUUCCUAAAAAACUUUGGGAUAUUUAACGUGCCGUCAACCAUUGGACCACUAGAUUCGUUUCUUCUUCUGACUUCAUCAGGUUUUUAGCCACCUGCCACAGUCCACAGUCCAGUAUUGGUCGAGAAGGCGCACGAGGUCUUCUCUGAGAUCUAAUAUAUAUUCAAUCAGCUGGGAUUUAUACAUUUAGAUCUUCAGAGAUUUCCAAGUUGCUUAGCUCAGAUUCCAAAAUGAUGAGAAGUGUUGCCAUUGUAAUAACUUCUGGUGCCCUGGUGACGGAAGUAAUGUGGCAGUUGUACAAGGUGUAUAAAUGUUCUCGAAGGAAAACGAUUAACACUGUCAAUGGCUGCGCGACACAGCUUUGCACAAAUACAGAGGCAAAAAUCUUCGAAGUCAUGUUCUUUUCGAAAGACUCCACUUUAUGUCGAACACAUUUGGGACUUAUGAAACCAUGUGGGAGGCUGAAUUGUGCAGUAAGACACUUGAGGCGGAUUGUAGAUUAUUUGGAUUCUGCGACCGAUACUUUGGACAUAUGCGUAUAUUUCUUUACGUUCUCAGAUUUAGCAGAGGCAGUUAUAAGAGCCAAAAAAAGAAAUGUUGUUAUAAGGAUGAUAUUGGAUGAGUCCAUGGCAACAAAUGAUACAAGCAAAUUAAAGAUCUUUUACAAAGAAGGCAUUCAACUAAGAUCAAAACAGUUAGAUACCUUGAUGCACCAUAAAUUUGUUAUUAUUGACAAUAAGAUCUUGAUAUCAGGCAGUAUAAACUGGACUAAAUCAGCAUUUUUUGGAAAUUUUGAGAACGUGCUAGUGACUAAUGAGUCAGCAAUAGUUAAGCCAUUUAUAAACGAGUUUGAAAGCAUAUGGUCAAUACUUGGUGCCAUAACUACACAAGCUAAUUCUAUAAAAACUUAAAUAUACGUUAAGUAGUUUUUUUUUAGUCUAUAUGUUUACUUAAAUUAAGUAUAAGAAGAGCAAAGGAGAGCACAUAGACAUUUUUUUAUUUUAUACUUUUAUUUUUUUGUGUCAAGGCAAAGUUCUUCGCCUUGACAUUUGAUUCGUGAUAUAUUGACAGGUGCUCAAACAACAGACUACUUAUAAGAAAAUAUUGUAGUGACGUUUAAUUUUUAUUAAGAGUAAUUGUUAACUUAAAAGGUUACGUAUAAUUUAAUUUUUUCUUAAUUUUGCACGUAAAAACUAUAAAUGUAUAAAGAGAUAAAUGCAGUUCCCGUACAUGGUAAUUUUACACGUUUCUAUGAAAUCCUAACUUAGGAAGACAAAGAUCAUUUAUCUGCCUACAUGUAUAUACAAUAUUUCAUGUGAAAUAAAAGACAUUUUUACUUCUGUAA